AGCAGGAACUCGGGAAGGGAAUCGGGGCUCUGUACGGGACUGGGAGGGGCUUGUGCCUGAGCCCCGGGGUCCCCAUCCGCUGAGGAGAUGGAUGAGGAUGGGCUUCCUCUCAUGGGGUCAGGCAUAGACCUGACCAAGGUGCCAGCUAUUCAACAGAAAAGAACCGUGGCCUUUCUAAACCAGUUUGUGGUGCACACUGUGCAGUUUCUCAACCGGUUUUCCACAGUUUGUGAGGAGAAACUGGCAGACCUUUCUCUUCGUAUUCAACAAAUUGAAACGACCCUCAAUAUUUUAGAUGCAAAGCUGUCAUCUAUCCCAGGCCUAGAGGACGUCACCGUUGAAGUGUCUCCUUUAAGUGUCCCUGCCGUCCCGAGCGGGUCACAUUCUGAAAGCACUCCAGAGCAACCACAGCAGGACAGCACACAAGACUCUGGACCACAGGAAAGUGAAGUUUCUUCAGAAAAUACCGUAACUGUAGCCAAGGAUCCAAGAUACGCCAGAUACCUCAAGAUGGUUCAAGUGGUUGUGAGCUGCCCGACAGGUGCUGGGAGCCAAGCUCUGGGCCUCUGGGAGAUGCAGGGUGUUCCAGUGAUGGCAAUCAGAAACAAAAUGAUAUCAGAAGGGCUGGACCCAGAGCUUCUUGAGAAGCCAGAUGCUCCAGUGCCUAAUGGUGCAAGUGAAAAAGCCAUAGAAGAAAGUUCAGAUAGUGAAUCUUCUUUCAGUGACUAAGUUGAAUGGCGAUGAGAAUUACAUAGAUGUGUUUACAUUCUGUGGAAGAGUCUAAACUCUAGCUCUUAGUGGUAAAAACCAUCAAAUGGCCACAUACCCACCCCAUCCUUCCUUUGUUUAAGAAUAAAAAUAAAGCAUUUCUAACCUUCCAA